UCAGAAGACAUUUACUGCUCCGUUCAUAAAAUGGGCUAUGAUGUGCAUCGUUUUAUCAGCGAGUUAAUUGAUGACCAAUGUAUUUGUGUUAUUUGUACAUCUGUUAUGAAUAAUCCAAUGCGAUCCGAGAAAUGUGAGCACACAUUCUGCAAAAAUUGUAUAGUGCAAUGGCUUGCAAUUAAUAAAACUUGUCCACUGGAUCGUAGUACCAUGGACUUCAAUGAUAUGAAGCCAGCCGUGGAUUUGAAUACGAUUUUGGAUCAGCUGGAAAUGAAAUGUGAUUUUGAAUCGCAUGGUUGUAGUGUUCCAAUCAAAUUACAUAAAUUCAAGGACCAUGUCGACCAGUGUAAAUACAAUCCAAAUUUGAUGGUCGUGUGUGAUAAGGGAUGUGGUCUACAAAUGACCUUCAACGACUACGAAAAAGCGAAUUGUUUCACUCAUUUAGCACGAUUGGUUGCUGUUCAACAGAAACAAAUUGAAUUUUUGAUGAAAACACGACAAAUUUGGCAGAAAAUCAGCGGAUUUAAAAUCCGCAGCAGUGAUCCGACAAUGCUAAGGCAUGUAAGCGGGAAACAAUUAUCUUUUGCACAAUCGAUUCAGAGUCUAGAUCGUGAGAAUUACUACUUUAAAGUCAAAAUUCUUGAGCUAGGCGACACUGGUAAAAUAUCAAUCGGUUUGACAGACCACAAGUAUACGACUGGUAAACACCCAGGAUAUGAGAAAAACUCAAUCGCGUAUCAUGGCCAUGAUGGAAUGGUAUAUGUGAAUUCUGGAAUCGGAAAUAGAUUCGGACCAGUUCUACGAAAGGACGACAUAAUCGAAUGUGGAGUAAAGUUUGGACCUGAAAAUGAUCUCGUCUAUGAAACUGUAAAAGUUUACUUUACUAAAAACGAACAAUUUAUUGGAGAGCGAAAGAUUACACUGUUCUUUGGCGAAAUGUUUGCUACAAUCGCCAUAGAAAGUGCUGGUGCAACAGUUAGACUAAUUGAAUAAAAGCAUAGCACUGCUCCUAGCACUAAUGAUAAGCUCAGUGAUAAGAGCUACCGCUUAGUAUUGUUAGUAUUAUAUGCUUUACCUCAUACAACGGAAAAAAUUUCUAUAUUCUGUUCAU